AUGGACGUGAACGUGGACCUGGACGUGGACAUGGACGUGGACGUGGACGUGGACGUGGACGUGGACGUGGACGUGGACGUGGACGUGGACAUGGACAUGGACGUGGACGUGGACAUGGACGUGGACAUGGACAUGGACUUAGACGUGGACGUGGACGUGGACGUGGACGUGGACGUCGUCGUGGACGUGGACGUGGUCGUGGACAUGGACUUGGACGUGGACAUGGACGUGGACGUGGACGUGGACGUAGACAUGGACGUGGACCUGGACGUGGACGAGGACGUGGACGUGGACAUGGACGUGGACGUGGACGUAGACAGGGACAUGGACUUGGACAUGGACGUCGACGUAGACAGGGACAUGGACUUGGACAUAGACCACUUCCCAUACUGA